CAGCGGGAGUCUAGAGGGGAUUGGAAUGCUACAAUGUAACAAUCGCAACUGGACGCUUCGGAUUAAAGCGCUGGAAUGUUACAUUGUAUCGUCGGCAUCGGAGGAAGCGCUUUGAAUGAAUGUAACGCGGAAUAGAAAAACGCGUUUGUGAUGUUUUCAAAACAACAACUGCUCGUUUCCAAAGGAGGAUUUAUUUCAGCCGUAAAAUAUGUGAGAACACACGGAUUUGUGGGGAUUUAUCCGGCAGGGAAGUUUUUGACAGGAUCUUUCUGACCCACACACAUCACGUGAGACCCAUCGCUGGGGAAGUUCUCGGAUUCCCCGAGCCUGGAUGUCAAGAACACGUCUCUGAAAGUACUUUCCGAUGAUUCUCGUUGACCCAGAGCAGGUCAGGUGUCAUCAGACAGUAGUUUAGAUGCUGUCUAAUGCGAACCAGGCACUAGAAAGGAGAGAGGUAGAUCCAUAACAAGGGGUUCAGGUUAAAUCGCCCACAUGCGCUGGAUUUGGGAUCGGAAUCAUAAGGUGGAAGUCGAGAGCAUCAAAUCCCUGCAGGUCUGUGGAAGAAGAUGCGGUCCAGCAAGAGUUAAAACCUUCAGAUUCAUCAGCAAACCGCUCCACCUGGACCUAAGGACACAUGCAGGCCAAAAAACGCUAUUUAAUUCUGUCCUCUGCAGGUGUGUGUCUCAUUCUCCUCUUUUACCUGCAGGGACCAUCUUCCAGAAGGAGUCCAAAUCAAGCGGAUGAUCCUCAUCCACACUGGCCUUCCUUCUCAGAUCCGCUCCGAGCUUUUAUUCCCUGGGACCAGACCCAAACCGAAGACUACAAUGUCCGAACUUCUCCGAGACACAGAAGAGAUGACAGCUCUGGAUCUUCCAAGUGCAGAAUGGACUCGUGCUUCGACUUCUCCUUGUGCAAGAAGAACGGCUUCAAAGUCUACGUCUACCCUCAACAGAAAGGUGAGAAGAUGUCGGAAAGCUACCAGAACAUCUUGUCCUCCAUCGAAGGGUCCAGGUUCUUCACUUCGGACCCGGGACAGGCUUGUCUCUUCGUUCUGAACCUCGACACCCUGGACCGAGACCAGCUUUCUCCUCAGUACGUUCACAACCUCAAAACCAAGAUCCAGAACCUGAACCUGUGGAAUAACGGGCGUAACCACCUGAUCUUUAACCUGUAUUCGGGCACAUGGCCGGAUUACACGGAGGAUUUGGGGUUUGAUAUCGGACAAGCCAUGUUGGCCAAAGCCAGCAUCAGCACCGAGAACUUCAGACCCAGAUUUGACAUCUCAAUCCCGUUAUUCUCCAAAGAUCAUCCUCGGACUGGAGGAGAACGAGGGUAUUUAAAGUACAACACCAUCCCUCCAUUUAGGAAAUACAUGCUGGUUUUUAAAGGCAAGCGCUAUCUGACUGGGAUUGGAUCUGACACCAGGAAUGCGCUUUACCACGUCCAUAAUGCUGAAGAUGUGGUUCUCCUCACCACAUGCAAACAUGGCAAAGACUGGCAGAAACAUAAAGACGCUCGCUGCGACAAGGACAAUGCUGAAUAUGACAGGUACGACUAUAAAGAAAUGCUGCAUAACUCCACGUUUUGUCUCGUGCCGAGAGGACGCCGCCUGGGCUCUUUCCGGUUCCUGGAGGCUCUGCAGGCCGCUUGUGUACCCGUCAUGCUCAGUAACGGCUGGGAGCUUCCCUUCUCAGAGAUCAUCGACUGGCGUACGGCUGCCGUCAUUGGGGACGAGAGACUUCUUCUACAGAUUCCAUCGACGGUUCGCUCCAUCCAUCAAGAUCGCAUUCUGUCUCUCCGCCAGCAGACGCAGUUCUUGUGGGAAGCGUACUUCUCUUCGGUGGAGAAGAUCGUGCUCACUACAUUAGAGAUCAUCCAGGACCGUGUGUUUCAGCACAACGGCCGCAGCACGCUAAUGUGGAACCGGCUGCCGGGAGGACUCUUCACCCUGCCACAAUACUCCUCAUAUCUGGGCGACUUCCCCUUCUUCUACGCCGAACUCGGUAUUAAACCACAGCAGAAAUUCACCGCCGUCAUUCACGCAGUGACGCCUCUCGUGUCUCAGUCUCAACCGGUUUUCAAGUUGCUAGUGGCUGUGGCCAAAUCACAGUACUGUGCCCAGAUCAUUGUCCUGUGGAACUGUGACAAGCCUCUUCCCGCGAAGCACCGCUGGCCCGUGACUUCGGUUCCAGUCGUCGUAAUCGAGGGCGAGAGCAAGGUGAUGAGCAGCCGAUUCCUGCCCUAUGACACCAUGAGAACCGAUGCAGUGUUGAGUCUGGAUGAAGACACUGUGCUCUCGACCACUGAGGUGGAUUUUGCCUUUACUGUUUGGCAAAGUUUCCCAGAGAGGAUUGUGGGAUACCCUGCGCGUAGCCAUUUCUGGGACUCUAACAAGGAGCGUUGGGGAUACACUUCCAAGUGGACCAAUGAUUACUCCAUGGUGCUGACCGGAGCGGCUUUCUACCACAGGUAUUAUAACUACUUGUACACACACUACCUGCCCGGCAGCCUAAAGACUAUGGUUGACCAGCUCUCGAACUGUGAAGACAUCCUCAUGAACUUCCUGGUGUCUGCUGUCACUAAGAUGCCGCCGAUCAAGGUCACGCAAAAGAAACAGUACAAGGAGACGAUGAUGGGACAGACGUCCCGGGCGUCUCGUUGGGCCGACCCGGACCACUUUGCCCAGCGGCAGACGUGCAUGAACAAAUUUGCCAGCUGGUUUGGCACGAUGCCCCUGGUCCAUUCGCAGAUGAGACUGGAUCCCGUUCUGUUCAAGGACCAGGUAUCGAUUCUGCGCAAGAAGUACAGAGACAUCGAGCGACUCUGACAAAUCCGAGAAACGCCUUCCCCGUGAUGGGAAACGC